AUGUCAGACGAGGAGAAGGACGUCGGCUUCGAGGUCAAGCCUUCAUCGGCGAGGGAACCGGAGGAAGACAGGCCCAAGACCGGCACCAGCAGUGUAAUAUCCGACGACGAUGAGAUUCACCGGGAGCAGGACGCAACCCAACAGGCCCCCCAAUUGCACCCCAUAGCAUCACGUUCGUCAGCCGUGUCCCGGACGCCCACCGUCAUACCCCGGCGCGAGCGUCGAGGGCUGCUCGCCCACCUGUGCCUGAUCCCGGAAGUUUCAAAUCCGUACGAGUACAGCCGCAAAAUCAAAUGGACCAUCACCUUCUUCGUCGCGCUGGCGGCCAUGGCAGCCCCCACGGGCUCGGCCAUUAUCCUUCCCGCCCUCAAUGACAUUGCCGCCGACCUCGAUACUACCCUCACGAUUACUAACAUGAGUGUCGCCUUCUACAUGUUGGCUAUGGCCAUCUUUCCGCUAUGGUGGAGCUCCUUUUCCGAGACGCUGGGCCGCCGCACCAUCUACCUCAGCUCCUUCGUCCUCUUUAUCCUCUGGGGUAUCCUCUCUGCCGUGGCUAACAACAUCUCCAUGCUGAUCGUUAUGCGGGUAUUGAGCGGAGGCGCGUCGGCCAGUGUGCAGGCUGUCGGUGGUGGCACAAUCGCUGACAUCUGGGAGGUGAAGGAGCGUGGCCGCGCCAUGGGUAUCUUCUAUCUAGGCCCGUUGUGCGGGCCCCUGAUUGCCCCGAUCGUCGGUGGCGCACUUGCGCAGGGUUUGGGUUGGAGAAGUACUCAGUGGUUCUUGGUCAUCUAUGGCGCUGUCGUUUGGCUCAGCAUAUGCUUUAUGCUUCCAGAGACGCUGCGCCGUACGAAGAACGUUGCAGCUGAAGCUGAGAAAGAGGCAGCAAAGAAGACAGACGACCCUCUUGCCGGAAGCAACACCGCUGAAGAGGUCGAGGCGGCCGCCGGAGGCCUGGAGAAACCUGCCACCAACACUGCCGCACAGCCUUCACUGCAGCGCGUCUCAACCCGGCAGAGUGUGCAGCGCACAACGACUAAGUGGCUCCUCGUCGUGCGCCGCUGCUUCAUCGACCCGCUCCGCAUCAUCCUCUACCUGCGCUUUCCGGCCAUCUUCUUUGUCGUUUCGUACGCCACCAUCGCCUUCGCCUGCCUGUAUGUGCUCAACAUCAGCAUUGAGACGACCUUCUCGCACCAGCCCUACGGCUUCUCCACCGUCAUCGUCGGCCUGCUCUACAUCCCCAACUCGCUUGGCUACAUGGUCACGUCCAUCUUCGGCGGCCGCUGGAUCGACAGCAUCAUGCGCCGCGAGGCGGUGCGCAAGAACCGCGUCGACCCCGUGACGGGCAAGCUGCAGUUCCGGCCCGAGGACCGCAUGCGCGAGAACGCGUGGCUGGGCGCCGCGCUGUUCCCCGCGGCGCUGGUGUGGUACGGGUGGACGGCGCAGAAGGGCGUCUUCUGGCUGUGCCCGAUGAUUGCGAACUUCUUCUUCGGCAUCGGCAGCAUGCUCAUCUUCGCCAUGGCCACCACCAUGCUGACCGAGUUCAUGCCCAAGAAGGCGAGCAAUGGCAUCGCUCUCAACAACUUCGUUCGCAACAUCUUCAGUUGCGUCGGCAGUGUCGUCGCGCAGCCCCUCAUUUCUGCUAUCGGAAAUGGCUGGCUGUUCACCGGAUUGGCGGUCAUUUCAUUUGUCUGGGGUUCUACCUGCAUUUGGGCCAUGAUGAAGUUCGGCGAGAGGAUGCGUAAAGGGAUGGAUGGGCAUAAGGCAUUUUCAUGA